AACAUUCAGUUUGACACGAACACACACACACACUUGCACUCUCUUCGAUUUCUCCAGAGAAGAAUCAGAAGCAGAAGCACGGUGGUUUGAGUCGCAAAGAUGACGGAAGCGAUGAUCAGGAAGAAGCCAGGGAUGGCGAGCGUGAAGGACAUGCCGGUUCUCCAGGACGGUCCACCUCCGGGAGGAUUCGCUCCGGUACGGUUCGCCCGCCGUAUCCCUAACAAAGGUCCCAGCGCCAUCGCCCUAUUCCUCACCACUUUCGGCGUUUUCUCUUGGGGCAUGUACCAGGUCGGCCAGGGAAACAAGAUCCGAAGGGCACUGAAGGAAGAAAAAUAUGCUGCCCGCCGAGCCAUACUGCCUGUGCUGCAGGCUGAAGAGGAUGAAAGAUUUGUUGAUGAGUGGCAUAAAUAUCUUGAGUAUGAGGCUGAAGUGAUGAAGGAUGUUCCUGGUUGGAAAGUUGGUGAAAGUGUCUAUCACUCUGGGAGAUGGGUGCCCCCAUCAAGUGGUGAGUUGCGUCCUGAUGUCUGGUGAUGUUAUUUCAGCCAUCACUAUUGACAAUUGAUCUGCUUCCUAUAUGUUGUUUACAUUGUGGUACUUUUGUCCAGUCUCUCUGAAAUAAAGUUGUAUCUGGAACAUCUGUAAUUGUCUUGCUGAAUUCUAAAACAGGAAUGCCUUUUGAUUUUGUA